AUGCCUCUAUCGCCUACCCAGCAAGCCGCAAAGCGCCAGUCGCGUAAGCGCCGUGCCUCCCAGGUCUCUCUCAAAGUAUCGAAAAAAACGACUAGCGGCCCGUCGCCGUCUUACUCCCUCAUCGAUCGGCUGAACGAGGCCGAAAUCAUGGACGGCAACACCAAGCUUAUGGCUGCCAAGCCGGACUUACUGGAUACAACCAAGGACAAGCUCAGCAAGGACAUCGCCAAGCUCAAGGAGCAAGCCGAGAAUGGCAAGCUUGCCGACACGGAGGAGCCCGUUGACAAGAACGGCGAUCCAGAAGAGAAGUCGAUCAAAGAACCUGAGAAGCAAAAGACCAGCCCCAGCGCGAAGCUCCUCCACCCCGAAAAGGUCAUGCCAGUUCAGUUGUUGGGCUCUACUAAGGACGCCUGCAAUGAGGCCGACAAUACGGAGGACUUGGAUGACUCUGCAGACUUUGUUGAGUCUGACGACACUUCUGAGGUAGACAACGAUGUUGAUAUUGACAAGGAUGACAAUUCUGAGUCCGGCCACGAUGAUCCCGUCGUCACGGAUGACUACGCGGACCCCAGAGAGAAGGCCAAGGCCAGAACUCUGCGCAACGUGCAAGCCUUCCUUGAUAACACCAAGGACAAGCACUACAUCGAUAUUCGCCUUGAUCAGCUCACCGGCCGCACCAACUUCAACAACUGGAAUGUCGGUAUGGAGCUACUGCUUCGCAUGCACCAGGUCUGGUGCGUCGUCGAUGAUUAUGCUCCACUCGACGAGAGCCAUGAACUGUACCCGUGGUACGACCACAUGGUCACCGUGGCUAUUUCUCUCAUCUACGCCAACGUCUCGCCGGAAAUCCGUGCCCAACGCUGCUUCCGUCAGCUUUUGAUGGAGCGCUGCCCAGAUGAUAUGAUGAUACACCUUUGGGUGCAUUACGGCCGUCCGGAGAGUCAGGACAGUGAGGAGCCGGAAUGA